ACUGUUUGCAAUGGAAGCUUCUAAGAGGCCCAGUGCUUUAUGACCCUGCUACCUUCACUGCAAGGCUGUCCAUCCUCCUGCAGUUAGAGGCUUUGGGUGAGGCCCAAAACUCAGCCGAGAGACAGCCCUCACUCUCUUGUGAGUGAGUUGUUUAUGUGAACAUUUCUCCUCUAAGACCUGCCCUCAAACAAACAACCCAUUAGAUACAGUCAUUCUUAACUUUAUAAAGUGAAGCUUUUUCAGAGGUCAGUAUGGCCCAGGUCCUAUGUGAAGCCUCCUUAAGGAACCUACAGGGGCAUGCAACCAUUUUCCUUCAUUUAGUGACCAGACCAAAUGCUUCAACAGCUAAGAAAAAUGGAUGGAUAUUUUCUGGGCCAGGAGGUUUGGUGAGUCAGAGUACUUUUUUUUUUUUAAAAUUAUAAAAAAAAGGUACAUUUGAGCCGGAUCUUGAAAAACGAAGAGGUGAUUUUCAGAUGGGGAGAGGAGAUGAAAGAGGGGAGAUGAACCCAGCAAGAGAGGACAGAGGGUCAAAGUAGGGGUUUGCACAGAUAUUCAGCAGUGCUUUAGAAAGGCACUGGGAGUCAGUGGUAGGAGGGCAGUGGAGAUGCAUUGGAGAGGAAGGCAAGAGCUACACUGGGAGGGGCUUUAUAUGCCCCCAGCUCUGUGGCUGAAGGCAGAAGGAGAAAAAAUUUUUUGUAUCUGACCCAUGACAUUGGGAGGGUCCGAUGCAAGAUUGCUCUGAGGCACCAGACCUGCAGAGCUGCAGGGCCCCAGGCCUGCCCUAGGGGGUCCUAGCCAAGUGGGCUAGACCCCAGACUGAUUGGGUCACUGGAUCCUGAACUUGUGGAUUUCAGAUACACAGUGACAGAAGGCUUCCAAACUGAGAAGGAUCCUUGUGGCUCACACCCAUACAAUAUAAGUGUUUAACCCAUUAUUCCUCCUUUGAGAAGCUUCCUGUUAAUCAGGUGGGGGGCACUAGGAGAGAAGCCCUGUUCUCAGUGGGCCAACAAAACCCCCUUGAGAAACCAGCUCCAUUUAAGGAGUGUGGGCAUCUUCUCCUUUCUUCCCUGAAUUGGCCUCUUUUGCUGUGGAUAUAUCUAUCAUCAGAACUAGUGUCCUCCAUAUUUAAACAAAAUUAAGGCUUGCCAUUUUGGUGGGGACUGGGGCUAGGGGAGGGGCCACUUCAUUUCAAAGUAGAAUAAACAGAAAAGCCAUAUUAAAGGAGGAGGAGGUUGUUUAGUGAGGCUUGAAGUGAGGACAGGUGCUUCCUCCCAUGUUGAGAAUCAGUGACCCCUGGGAAUCGCAUUUCCCGUUGAGCAGGCGCCCAUGGCAGGCCGAGUCUGGCCAAAGUCCUGGUGGUGGAACCCAGAACAAGCACCAGAGAAAACCCAGCAUUUUCCAGAGGUUCUUUUGGGAUCCUCCAAAGAAAGAGAUUCAAGACUUGACGUGGUUACUCACACCAUCUCACCCAUACAGACCUUCACACUCUCACACGCGGGACAUCACACUGUGGCUCUGUGCAGAUGGCUGCGGCCUCCUGUGCUUUGUGGUUGUUCAGUCCCAGCUGGCUGGUUCUGGUGUGAAGCACUCUCUAUAGCCAAUGGGCCUCUGAGGAUGCACACAUAGUGGGGUGACAGGCAGCGUCGCUGAAGAAAAAGUGCACCCGUGCCUCAGGUGGGAGGAUGUGAUGACGUGCCCCCACGCAGCGGGAACUCAGGCCUUUAAAAAGCCGAGGAAGCAGCCUCAGAGCAAGCAGUGGUUCCACUGGAGGAAAGCACACCCAGGUCUCACAUUAAAGAAGCCAAACUGUCUGCUUCAAAGAAAAAAGGCAACAUCCUGUCACAGGCCAUGCUCUGGCAAAAACCCACAGCUCCAGAACAAGCUCCGGCCCCACCUCGGCCAUACCAGGGUGUCCGAGUGAAGGAGCCAGUGAAGGAACUGCUGAGGAGGAAGCGUGGCCAUGCCAGCAGCGGGGCAGCUGUUACACCUACUGCGGUGGUGCUGCCCCAUCAGCCCCUGGCGACCUACACCACAGUGGGUCCCUCCUGCCUUGACAUGGAAGUUUCUGCUUCUACAGUGACGGAGGAGGGGGCCCUAUGUGCCGGCUGGCUUUCCCAACCUGCCCCGGCCACUCUCCAGCCCCUGACCCCAUGGACACCCUACACUGAGUAUGUGUCCCAUGAAGCUGUCAGCUGCCCCUACUCAGCUGACAUGUAUGUGCAGCCUGUGUGUCCGAGCUACACGGUUGUGGGGCCCUCCUCAGUGCUGACCUACGCCUCCCCUCCGCUCAUCACCAACGUCACGACAAGAAGCGCUGCCACACCCACGGUGGGACCCCAGCUGGAGGGCCCAGAGCACCAGGCGCCCCUCACCUAUUUCCCGUGGGCUCAACCUCUUUCCACGCUGCCCACCUCCACCCUGCAGUACCAGCCUCCAGCCCCAACCCUGCCUGGGCCUCAGUUUGUCCAGCUCCCCAUCUCUAUUCCUGAACCAGUCCUUCAGGACAUGGAUGACCCCAGGAGAGCCAUCAGUUCCCUGACCAUCGACAAGCUGCUCUUGGAGGAAGAAGAUAGCAACACCUAUGAGCUUAACCACACCCUAUCCGUGGAAGGCUUUUAGGGCUGGAUCCCACUUGAGAAUCCUUUCCCCUGAAACUGGGAUUUAAAAAUAAGCUUGCAGUUGAGCUCAGAUUCAUAUCUGGAAUAACCAUUUUAUAACAUGACCAUUUCAUAACAUCAUAUCAAAACAUAACGUAACUACACUUUUUACACGAAGCUAGAACUGUAGUCUUCCCUUUCUCCCUCCUUCUCUUUCUUCUUUUUUUUUCCAGUCCUCUUCCUUUGGUAAGAGAAAUUCAGGAUAUUAGGGAUAAUAUUUUAUGCCAAGUUUUGUCAAUUCUGCAAUCCACUUCGUUUCCAUUUCUAUCACUUCUCAUUCCUCAGGGAUGUCCUUUUCUUUCCAGUGCCCUCUGCUGUGUCAUAGUAGCAGCACUGUAGAACUGUCCUAGGGCCAGUUACACCCUCUGUCAUUUUGAGAUAUAUGGGUGCCCUGCGGGGAGACCAGCCUUGCCAGCAUCUCCUGGGCGAGGCAGCCCAGGGCAAACCUGAUGCCAGAGUCCUUGAGCUGUCAGUUCUCAUAGUUGCUCCUUUGUUUGCUGUUCUCAGCCUUGGCCAGAUUUACAGUCUGGGCAGCAAAGGCUCAACGGCUGGGGCUCAGCAUAGUGACAGAUAGGGAUGGGAAAGGGUAGGGGCAGGUCAGGGAAG